AUGGACGAGAUGUCUUUCUCGUUGGAAUUGCACCAAGGCUCCGAAAGCAAAAAGACAAGACAAAGUCAUUGUCUCCAACAUCUAGCUGAUCUGGACAACGAAGAUGUCCUCGUGGGACCUGACAUCAAGGUGUGCCACGUGGAGACAGGCCAUUCACUGGUGGUGACGUGGCACUUUGGGGUAUGCUGUAUGGACGAUAUAGUAGGAACUGUCCUCUACAAGUGGAGGGAUUGUGGACCCUUUUGCGGUGGGGUCCAAGGGAAAGAGAAGUUAGAGGGGGAGCCUUUAAGACAAACCCAUCUGGCUACUAUCCAUAUUCAUGUGCAUUCAUUAAUCAAUGGGAGUGAAAUAAAAAGGAAAGCAAGCCCAGUAAAGCAAAGCAUGAUUCCUGUGCCUUAUGAGAGAAGAGUCAAUAAAUUCAUUGAACGAAACAAGGAAAUAGGCACUUCCCUGUGGUCGCUCGGGAACGAGAGGGCAAAUGGGUAA